AUGCGCAUCGCCUCCCUUCUCCCUUUGACGGCGGCGGCCACUACGGCUGCCGCCACUGCCACCUCGGCUGGCUGUAAGACCCUCAACAAGUCUCUGUCCAGCGCAGUGUUUGCGCCUAGCUCCACUGUUUACCAGUAUGAGGCGCAGAACUUCUGGUCCAACACCGAGAUCAUGUCGCCUGGAUGCGUGUUCCGGCCCCAGUCGGCUGAGGAAUUGAGCCAGGGUGUCAAGGCGCUGGUAGACGCUGAGGCGCAGUUUGCUGUGCGUGGUGGUGGACAUAUGGGAAUCAGGGGAUCGAACAACAUCGACAAGGGUGUCCUCAUCGUCAUGUCCAACCUGACGACCCUUGAACUGUCCGAUGAUCAGUCCGUUGUCUCGGUUGGCCCGGCCUACAGAUGGGCCGAUGUCUACGACUACCUUGAAACAUACGACCUCGCCGUAGCCGGAGGCCGUCUCGGCCCCGUCGGUGUCCCCGGCCUGCUGCUCGCCGGCGGCAUUAACUUCUACGGCAACCAGGUCGGAUUCGGCUGUGACACCGUCAUCAACUACGAGGUCGUGCUUGCGAACGGUACUAUCGUCCAGGCUAACGCCACCAGCCACAGCGAUCUCUUCUGGGCGCUGAAGGGUGGAAGCAGCAAUUUUGGUCUGGUGACUCGCUUCGACAUGGAGACUAUCCCGUCGACUCAGGUCUGGGCUGGAACUUACACUGUUUCGGCAGAGUAUAUUGAUCGCUUUUUGGAGGCAUCCGCCACCUACGCGGCCAACAUCUCCGACCCCAAGACACACAUCGUCCCCGCCGUCGUGCCGGAGGGCAACACGAGCGUCGGCUCGGUGAUUCUCUUCUACGACAGCGCCACGGAGAGCUACCCGGAGAUCUUCAAGCCGUUCACCGACAUUCCGGCUGUGAGCAGCACCCUGGGUUUCAAGACCUUGGCGGAGUUUGCGGCUGAGACGGGUGCGAUGGUUACACCGCAUAUUAAUGACAUCUUCGUCGCUGGUACUAUCAAGGCAACCACCUACGAUGACCUCUACCGCGGUAUCAGCAUCAUCAACAGCACCUUCGCUGCCCAGCUGCCCUCUCUGUACGCGCAGAUCCCCACCGCUAAUAUCUCCAUCAUCGAGCUCGAUUGGCAGCCUAUUGGUGCCUCAUGGCUCGAGGCCUCCGAGUCCCGUGGUGGAAAUGCUCUUGGUCUGGAUAAGGACCAGGUGUAUCUCUGCUACGCUGAGGUCGUUGAGUGGAUUGGCUCUGAGUAUGAUGAGAUUGUUGGCGACUGGGUGGUCGAGACUACCUACAAGAUCAACAAUGCCACGCAGGAGGCGGGUCUGUAUGACAGCUUCAACUACAUGGGUGAUGCGGCAUGGUUCCAGGAUAUCUUCGAUGGAUAUGGACAGGAGAACCUGGCCAAAUUGCAGACGAUUGCCCAGAAGUAUGAUCCUCACAGUGUGUGGCAGGUGUUGAUGCCGGGUGGUUACAAGAUUUUCUAGAUGUGUUGGUAAAUAGAUA